CUUCAGGGGCUAAUGACAGAUACACAGACAACAACAUCUACUACGGCGACUACUACAACUACCUCGACAACACCAACAGAUGUAGUCGUAAAGAAAGUAUUGAACAUCAAUGUUGGCAUUAUGGGACAUGUGGAUAGUGGCAAGACAAGUCUUGCAAAGGUGUUGAGUACAAGCUUGUCGACAGCCGCACUUGAUAAGAGCCCAGCGAGUCAGGAGAGAGGCAUCACUCUUGAUCUGGGCUUCUCUGCAUUCCAGGUCGACCUGCCUCCACACAUCCGCGACGAUCCCUACGUUAUCAAGCAACAAUACAACAAGAUGCAGUUCACAUUAGUCGAUUGUCCUGGCCAUGCAUCACUCAUCAGAACCAUCAUUGGAGGCUCUCAGAUCAUCGACAUGAUGUUCUUGGUCAUCGACAUCACCAAGGGCAUUCAAACACAGACUGCCGAGUGCAUAGUCAUUGGCGAGAUCACCUGUAAGAAGGCUAUCAUCGUCUUGAACAAAGUUGACCAAGUGCCUGUUGACUCGCGACAGAGCAAGAUUGAAAUGAUGUCCUCAAAGUUGCGCAAGGUACUUGAGAAGACAUGCUUCAAAGACUCACCAAUCAUACCUGUGUCGGCGUUUGCCACGCCAGCGACAGAGGGUGGCGCGCAGUCCAUUGGAAUCGACAACUUGAUCAAUAGUCUCUGUCACUUUGUCACACUGCCUCGUCGAGAUGACCAAGGCGCCUUCCUGUUUGAGUUUGAUCACUGUUUCCAAAUCAAGGGACAAGGCUCCGUCAUGACCGGCACGGUGCUGCGUGGCAGUGUCGAGGUCAACCAGAGUGUACACAUACCACAGCUCAACAUCGAGAAAAAGGUCAAGUCAAUGCAGAUGUUCCAUCAGCCCAUCAAGCGCGCCAUUCAAGGUGAUCGCGUUGGCAUCUGUGUCACCCAGCUCGAUGCCAAUCUCUUGGAGCGAGGCUUGCUCUGCACGCCAAAGACCGUGCCCAUGCUCAAUGCUGCUCUCGUGGCCAUCGAGAAGGUCAGAUUCUACAAGAACGAUGUUAAGACCAAGUCACAGUUCCAUGUUACCGUUGGACACUCUACAGUCAUAGCCACGGCCACAUUCUUUGGAAACAAGGUGGCGGUGGAUGCCAACAACAACAACAUCAAUGCGGCAAUGGCCGCGACACACUUGGACGAGUUCAACAGCAAGUUGGAAUAUAGUUAUCAAGACUUCUUGAAUGCGACAUCAGAUGAGUAUCCAAUUGGUUCACAAUUCGCUCUGUUGGUGUUUGAACAUCAGGUGUUAUGUCCUCUGCAGAGUGUCAUCAUUGGAUCAAAGUUGGACGUCAACUUGGACUCUUCUACAUGUCGAAUAGCAUUCCAUGGACAUCUGCUUGAGGGUAUCGAUGUCACCAACAAACAAUACCUAAACGAUCACCUUCAGAUAUACAAGACCAAGUCUAAAGAAGGUUCCGUCGAGAGGAUACACAGCGAUUCCACAUUGAUUGGCAAGAACAUCUUUGGCAAGGACACUGACAUGUCUCCAUUCGUUGGCAUGAGAGUCAACUUUACACUAGACAUCAUUGGUAUCAUUGAAUCACCAUUUGGAAAGACUGGCAAGGUCAAGAUAACCAUCCCCAAUGCAUCGGACAUGGCCCUGAUAAAGGUUGGCGAUGUGUUCAAACUGAACUUGAAGCGAAUGAUUUUCGACAAAGACAAGAAGAACAAACAA